AUGACCAUUCCGGAAACAAUCAGCAAGACGGGGGCGUUAUUAAUGAGCAACAGGCCGCCGUCGUCUCAACUCUAUGCCAGCGGGAGAAACAUCGAGACGACCGACGAGCUCUCCUCCACCGUGUUCGUCGACGUGAACGCCUACCUCCGACUUCCAUUAGUCUUCGUCAACAUGCUCGUCAUGCUGCUAGGCCUACUGGGCUUCUGGAGCUCCCUGUACGCCCUCGUGACGGACUCCUCGGUGCCGCCCGGAGCGCCCUCGCGCAACUUCGUCGUGGUUCUCUUUCAGAGACCCGAGAUUCCCGCGUUCUUCAUCUCCACGGUGGUGUUCUCCAUCGCCGCGGUCGGCUUUCUGGGCGCCCUGCGCGAGAACGUCACCCUGCUCACCGCCUACGUGCACCUGCUCACCGUGUUGGCCAUUCUGCAGGCUCUAGCCUCGGUGCUCGUCUUCUACUUGCCCUCGUGGGCUCGCACCUACGUGGCGCAGUCCGUGUCGCAAGACAUGAUCGCGGCAUACCGCGACGACGUCAAUCUGCAGAGCUUCGUCGACUGGAUGCAAGUGGAGUACCGCUGCUGUGGCAUCAGCACCGAGGGCUUCCGCGACUGGAACCACAAUCCGUACUUCGCCUGCAACAAGACCAACGACAGCCGCGAGCGCUGCGCCGUGCCCCCCUCAUGCUGUCGCCAAAACGAGACGUCCGACGCUGCCGGUCGGCUGCCGAACGUCAUGUGCGCCAGGAACGUGUUGCAGGUGUCGGACCAGGUUGCCUGGGCACGCAUCUACACUCGCAGCUGCUCGGACGCCCUGUUCUCCCGGAUGCAGGACCGCGUGAUGCCCGCCUCCAUGAUAAUGAUCGGACUGUGCCUGGUCACGCUGUUGCUUGCGUCGCUGGCCAUCGGCACGCGCGAGCAGGUGCUCAUGCUGGAUGCCAUCUACGGCAUUUACUACAGGCGCCUUGAAGAAGGUCAGGCACGCAUGGAGGCCCGAGACACAACCGGACUCCGUAUGGCCGAGACAGCGGCGCGCGAGACGCAAGCAAGAGCAGUCCAGUAG